UAAAAGUGUGCGAAAAGUGUUGUGAAAAACACAGAAACAACUGUUUGUUUGCCAAACACUUCACACAAACUCUUCGCUCACAACCAACUGAUCCCAAGAAGCGGACACACAUAUGGCGUUACUAUCACUGACGGGUCGGGUGUCGGCCAAUCACUUGCGCCGAUACGCGUCGACUGCGGCGCCCAAAGACAAAGACCACUUCCAUCUGGUGGUUGUGGGCGGCGGUGCCGGCGGUCUGUCCAUCGCAUCCAAGUUCACGGAAGUGCUCACCACUCUAGACAAGGGCAAAGUGGCCGUCAUUGAGCCCAGCGAUAUGCAUUACUAUCAGCCGAUGUGGACUCUGGUGGGCGCCGGCAUUAAGACACUCGACCAAUCGGGUCGUCCGAUGGCCAAAGUGAUGCCCAAAGGUGUCAAAUGGAUCAAAGACCGCGCGAUGGCCAUCGAGCCCGACCAGAAUCGGGUGCGACUGUCCGGCGCCAACGGAACCAUUACCUACGACUACCUUCUGGUGGCCGUCGGUAUUAACAUUGAUUGGCAUAAGAUUGUCGGUCUCGAGGAGGCGCUGACGACACCCGGCGUUUGCUCUAACUAUUCG